CUUUUGUCUUUACAAGAAACUUACAAAAAUGUGAUAAGUAUUUUGGAUGUUUUUGCGGCUUUAACCGUGGCUUAAUCUAACCGGCCAGUAUGGAGAUGCAGUCUAUGCCAACGUCGUCGAGUCGCAUCCUCUACGACGUGCCCUGCGCCGUAUGCCGCGACCACUCCUCGGGCAAACACUACGGCGUGUUCGCUUGCGACGGCUGCGCGGGAUUCUUUAAGCGGUCCGUGCGCCGCGACCGCCGGUACGCGUGCAAGGCCCGGAGCCCCGGCGCCUGUCUCGUCGACAAGGCGCAUAGGAACCAGUGCCGCGCUUGCAGGCUCUCCAAGUGUCUGGAUGCCGGGAUGAAUAAAGACGCAGUCCAGCAUGAGCGUGGUCCCCGCAACUCCACCAUUCGCCGACAAAUGGCGCUCUUCCUCAAAGACCCAGCUAUGCCGUCACCGGAUCUUACCCUUACGCCACCGGCCCUAGACCUAGCGCUACCGAAGCACACCAUGAUACCGCCCGCGCCUAUGCCUCUCUUCCAUCCAUACGCGUACAACAGACUUAUGAUGCCUCUGAAUCACUGCUCUCUUAAAGCUCCGUCCCCACCGCCUAUUACUCCGUCACUUCUUACCCCAUCAGACCCUGAAACCAUUUGCGAAGCUGCCGCGCGACUCCUAUUCAUGAACGUGAAGUGGGCAAAAAACGUCCCAGCCUUCACGUCUCUAUCUUUACCCGAUAGAUUGCUUCUAUUAGAGGAGUCAUGGCGAGAUCUGUUCAUCAUAGGGGCGGCUCAGUUUCUAUAUCCUUUAGAUUUAAAAGUGUUGAUGAAUUUCAAGAAUACUGCGGUUGAAAAAGACGUGGAGGAAUUUGAAAAGGUGCUAGCUGAAGUGGCAAAGCUACGACCGGAUAGCAACGAGUUUGCAUGUCUCAGGGCCGUGGCUUUAUUUAGGACGGUGGGCGAGAAAGAUGGACAGGGUUUCAGAAGACUACAAGACUUGCCUGCGGUUGCUGCGUUGCAGGAUCAUUCACAAGUUGUUCUUAACGAGUACACCCUGAGGACAUACCCGUUAGACACCUCUCGAGCCAGUCAACUCCUCCAACUGCUGCCAAGUAUGAGGCGGGUGCCAAGCGACGCCAUAGUGGAGCUGUUCUUCAGAGCCACCAUCGGGGAUAUCCCUAUUGAGAGGAUAAUCAGUGACAUGUAUAGAACGGGCAAGGAUAGCGUGUAGAUUUUGUUUGACACCUUCCAAGCCAGCCGGCUGCUCCAACUGCCAAGUAUGAGGCGCAUUCUAAGUGACGCCAUAGUGGACACUCUUUAGAGCCCUCUUGGAGACAUUCC